UGUAACUAGAAGUGAGCCCUUUCACCUAAUUGCAUUGUCUCCCAGCCAUAAUAAAAGCCCUCUCUUCCCUCCAACACAUCAAACACUCCUCCAAGUGCAAGUGCAAGUGCAAGCACCACUCUUGCAUUUCAAAACUUCCCAGCAAAGCAAAACAGUCCUCCACACAACAAAAUAACUUCAAAGAUGACAAAACAGACUCUCUUCUCCCUCUCAAUUUUACUUAUAUUUCUCUUCCAUUGCAUCACAACUUUAGGCCAGCCAGCCGCAGCUCCAGCCCAGCCUGCAAAUGCUCCAGUACAGCCUGCCACUCCGCCAGUAGUUCAGCCUGCCAAGGCCCCAGCCCCAGUCCAAUCUGCGAAGGUCCCACCAACACAGAAAGGUGUCCCUGAUGUCACCAAAAUCCUUGGAAAGGCCGGUGGGUUCUCAGUCUUUAUUCGCCUCUUAAAAAGUACCGGAGUUUCUGACCAAUUAUACGGCCAGCUUAACAAUUCAAAUAAUGGGUUUACUAUCUUUGCUCCCACUGAUGCUGCAUUUUCGAACCUCAAAGCGGGCACUAUAAACUCAUUGUCCGACCUACAAAAGACCCAACUAGUACAAUUUCACAUAUUAAACACAGUUGUUAGCCUGUCAAAUUUCCAAACUCUGAGCAAUCCAGUGCCCACAGAGGCUGGAGAUACAAGUGACGGUGAGUUCCCACUAAACGUGAUGACUGCUGGCAACCAAGUGAACAUCUCUACUGGUCUUGUUAAUACCACGGUGGGUGGAACUGUGUAUUCAGAUAACCAGCUUGAUAUAUAUCAAGUGGAGAAAGUGCUUCUUCCUCUUGACAUUUUUAAUCCUAAGCCUAAGCAUAAGGCACCAGCCCCUGCACCAACAUUGUCAACGCCUAAGACUAAGGACAAUGAUGAUGAGUCUCAGUCUGAUGCUACCAAAGUGAACGAGUCUAGCCCAGUAAGUAUCAGUGGGCAUGGAAUAUUGGUGUCCAUUGAAGUUGUAUUGGUCGCAUUCAUUCUCACGAAGGGACUUCAUGGUGUAUGAGAAAAUGAGAAAAUGCUUAUUAGGUGGGUUCCAUUUUUCUAUUGCCGCGUGAUUUUGCUGAGUUUGGGUGAACGGUCGAAAUCGAUUCUGAGUUCUUCCAAAUAAUUUUCACCUUUUCUUGUGCGAUGUAUAUUAAGACCAAUCUGUGAUGAAGCUUUUUCUUUUUCCUUUUUUUUUUUUUUUUUU